AUGCUGCCGCGUGCAUUUUGGAACUCGUUUUUGCAGCAAAUUGUCAUUUUCACUCUCUUUGUGCAUGCUCUCUUCAUCGGCGGUGUGUUAUGCGCAUUUCCCGGCUCUGACCUGUUGCAUUCCCGGCUUUCAACGCCGCCCGCUUCUUCUGCGCAGGAUGAUGGCUUGAAGCCUCAUCACACCAUUGGGCUAGGCGCUCUAAGACUGCGACACGUCUACCAUCAUGGCGCCGGCCAGCCAGGACCCAGGGCGCGCAGGCUAGACAUCACGUCGGAGCGGCUAGUCGCCCAGGCAGCAGCAGCAGCUCAUUUCGGACCGUUUGCUAUCAAGGCCUCACUGGUCAAGAUCGACAAGCCAGCCAUCAGACGCCACGAACUACAGGUGCCUAUGUCGCCGCUCUGGCUCUCAGAAGACGUGCCAGGCCCGGACGUUGGAGACAAGCAGACGGUCCUCAACUUCGCCAACAUGUCCGAGGAUGCAUAUCAUCCUGACCGCAGUGACCCAGCCUGGCUGAACAUUGGCGAGGAAUACAACAGCACCCUUCCGUUCGGAUGGGAGGAUCAGGGCAUAAGAGGUCACGUGUUCAGCGAUGACACUAACACUACGGUCAUUCUCUCCGUCAAAGGGACCAGCAUCGCUGUGUUCGAGGGGAAUGGUACAUCUGGAAAUGACAAGGACAAUGACAAUUUGUUCGGGUCAUGUUGUUGCGGACAGGGCGGAUCAUAUCUUUGGCGACAGGUAUGUGACUGCCAGACCGGCACAUACACAUGUGACGAGAAAUGCGUAAAGGAGGAGCUUCGGAAGCCCAACAGGUACUACGAGGCGACCUUGGAGUUGUAUGACGAAGUGAUCCAGCUAUAUCCCAAAGCCAAUAUUAUCACAACUGGGCACAGCUUGGGUGGCGUGCUGGCUUCCCUCAUUGGCUUGCGGCACGGCAUUCCGGCGGUCACCUUCGAAGCCUAUCCGCAAGCUCUGGCAGCCGCUCGCCUGGGUCUUGAAGUUGCCGGCGAUAUAUCUCCGCUACGAAAGAACACCGGAAACUUCCAUUUUGGUCAUACUGCUGACCCCGUAUUCAUGGGUACAUGCAACGGCGCAUCGAGCUUCUGCUCCAUAGCAGGCUAUGCUUUCGAAACCCUUUGCCACACCGGAAAGCGAUGCGUCUACGACGUGGUCGGGGACUGGGGCUGGAGACAGAGUACAAAUUACCACCGGUUACGCUACUCUAUCGAGAAUAUUUACUCGAAGUAUGAGGACGCGGCACCAUGUGAAGACGAGGAUGUCACUUGCGUGGAUUGCUAUCUCUGGAAAUUCGAGAACGGAACGCAUACGAAGCCCGCAACGACAACAACUACGACUGCGACAAGCACUUCAAGGACGCGAACUGAGACAUGCAAGACGCCCGGCUGGUGGGGGUGCCGCGAUCCGACGACUAUGACUUCGGAGCCCACGAUUACUUCCACCACAACGACUUCCACUAGUACCUGUAAGACCCCGGGCUGGUUCGGCUGUAAGGAUAAGACAACGUCAGAGACCACAACGGGCGAAGCGACUACAACGACGGCCUGCACAAGCAAAGGUUGGUUCGGUCGUUGCCUUGACCCAACAUCCACAACCACAACGUCAGCAGAAGCGGCGUAUGCGUACUGGCGGACGGCACCCACAGCAACAGCCACUCCGACGGCUCCGUAG